CGAACUCCAGUUGCCACAGAAAGCCCAUCACGCACAAGCCACAAAGCAAAUUUUUGCACACAGAAUUCGUGUGGCGGGUGGCGAAAUUUCGUACAGUUUUGUGAGCUCACCAGGAGUCGCAACCAUGGAGAUGGCUAACGUGCGUGCCCAAGUGCGCCUCGCUCGGAUCGCCUCGCACAUGGAGGCGCCGGAGAGGAACAUUAUGACGGGGGUAGAGAGGGAGGCAACCCGUGCACGAGGUGCAGCUCCAGGAUUCAAAGUAGCGAUAUUGGGAGCAGCUGGUGGAAUUGGGCAACCUUUGUCGUUGCUCAUGAAAAUGAGUCCCUUGGUGUCCACUCUUCACCUGUACGAUGUUUUCAACACACCCGGAGUUGUUGCUGAUUUGAGCCACACAAACACCUCUGCUGUGGUGCGAGGAUUCCUUGGCAACGACCAAUUGGGACCUGCUUUGGACGGGAUGGACUUGGUUAUUAUACCCGCUGGAGUUCCACGAAAGCCAGGCAUGACAAGAGAUGAUUUGUUCAACAUCAAUGCUGGCAUUGUGCGCACUUUGAUCGAGGGUGUAGCAAAGCACUGUCCCCGAGCAAUAAUCAACAUUAUCAGCAACCCUGUGAACUCCACCGUGCCUAUCGCUGCCGAGGUGCUCAAGAAGGCUGGCGUAUAUGACCCUAAACGUCUCUUUGGCGUCACCACUUUGGAUGUUGUUCGAGCGAACACCUUCGUGGCUGAUGUGAUCGGUGUGGAUCCUAAAAUGGUGGAUGUGCCAGUCCUUGGGGGGCACGCUGGUAUCACCAUUCUCCCCAUCCUAUCUCAGGCGACACCCAAGUUCACCUUCACAGAUAAGGAAGUGGCUUAUUUGACCAACCGUAUUCAGAAUGGAGGAACCGAGGUGGUGGAGGCUAAGAAAGGAGCGGGCUCUGCAACCUUGUCUAUGGCUUAUGCGGCUGCUAAGUUUGCAGAAUCCUGCUUACGUGCCCUACAAGGAGAGUCUGGCAUUGUUGAGUGCGCUUAUGUUGACUGUGAGGUGACUGAGCUACCUUUCUUCGCAACAAAAGUGAGGAUUGGGCGUUCAGGAAUUGAGGAGAUCUAUCCACUUGGACCAUUGAACGCACAUGAGAGGGAGGGUUUGGAGAAGCUAAAACCAGAGCUACAUGAAAGCAUCCAGAAGGGCGUUAAAUUUGUACAAAACCCACCAGCUCCCAAGUCAUAGAUUUGUAGAUUUAUAUUUACAGUUUUACGGGUAGUUCUAGUAAUGGGUGAUAUUCGACCACGGUGUAGAUGGCUUUCGAAUUUCAUACAAUAUGAUACAGUAGCUAUCAUUGGUGUUGGGAUAAGGAAAUUUAAUGCGAGAUCUGCAGUACAAUACCUUUGUUUCCGGGGCCUGGUUUUUAAGUCUUUUCUGUUUGGUUUUCCUUUCUUCA